AUGGAGUGGAACAUAGGUGCCGAGCGAGGCGGAGGACCUGCCGCACCUGAGGGAGGUGGAGCUGUGCGUGAACGCGGACCUGGUGCACGUGGAGAACAAAUACGGCGCCUCCUCUCGCACUCGCACCCUGCUUUCUUCCCCCAAUUUUACCCUUCGUUCACCUCCCAUUUCCCCUUUCCCCCCUCCCUCUCUUUCCAUCCCCCCCGCGCUGGGCCCCUGGUUACCGCCUUUACCACCCUCGUGACUUGGUCCCAGGUGCUGAGCGAGGCGGAGGACUUGCCGCACCUGCGGGAGGUGGAGCUGUGCGUGAACGCGGUGGUGCUGAGUGAGGCGGAGGACCUGCCGCACCUGCGGGAGGUGGAGCUGUGCGUGAACGCGGACCUGGUGCACGUGGAGAACAAGUACGGCGCCUUCCUCUCGCAGCCGCACCUCGCCUUCCGCCCGCAGCUCUUCUCCUCGCCCCUCUCCGACCGCUCUGCCGCCGGACCUGGGCGGCCGGGCGGAGGGCGCGAUGGGGAGGAUGACGAUGCGGAUGUAGAGCCGUACCUGGAGAACAGGGACCCGGACGACGAGCACUAUGGGGGCCCACCCAUCAUGGCGUACGAGCCUAUGUUCAGCUGGGAGACGGACAGAGCUGCUGUGAUUGGCCAGCGCAUGCCCAUCAAGCCCAUUGUCAGCAGCACAGUAGGCACGCGCUUCUCUGUGCGAAUACUGUCAUUCAACGUACCGGCGGGCCUCGUGGAGCCCUUUUAUGGCUCCAUCUGUUUGUAUCACACGGAGAAGAAGGAGAAGGUUUCAGAGGACUUUCACUUCCAGUACCUGCCUCUCUCCUGGGACGGGGAGAGCACGUCCCCCGAGCUGAGGGCGAUAUUCACUGUGGAGAGGGAGGCGGCAGCGCUGUGCCUGCUGGUGCAGGUGGAGCGAGCAGUCACAGAGGAGAGCAUCAACGGUGUCAAGGGAUCCGUGUACACCCGCAAGGACCCUCCCGUUUUGACAGAGAGGGAGGCAUCCCGGCUCUCAGAAUGGGCACAGAGCAUGCCAUUCCGCGAGGCCUUUGCGUUCGCCACCAUCCCACUGUUCGACUCAGCGGGCACAGGAAGCGCCACCGGCUUCGGGAGCAGCAGCACAGGAGCCGGCACACCAGGGGUGCUGGGCGGAGCAGCAGGGGGAGGGGUAGGGGAGGGCGCAGGGGGCCCUGGGACGCCGGGGUCUAGCAGUGGGGCGCUGGGGGAAGGGGGGGCUGCGCCGCGGUAUGAGCUGGGGGGGCCUCUGCUCGUGGAUAUCCCCUGUAUGCAGCGCGACCCCAAGUGCAAGGUGCACAAGCCAGUGCGCAUGUCCAUUCAGGACCCCAAGCGCAAGGUGCACAAGCCAGUGCGCAUGUCCAUGCAGGUGGAGGUGGAGCGGCUGCCAGGCAGCACGGCUCUCUCUCACUCCGCCCAGGGGGGACCUGCAGGGACCAGCACCCCUUACAGCCAGGCCAUGGGUCACACACGGUCAAUGGAGUCAAUGGGGUCAGACGCGGAUGAAGUGGGUGGGCUCAGUCGCACCUUCUCUAUCUCCCGCCUGCUCAACGGGUUCCAUGCGUUGGACUUCACAGACAUGACGCGUGCGGAGCCAUUCACCCAUCUGGAGCACCUGGCGUUUGUGUAUCCGCACAGCGUGACGCUCCCCAAGAAGCUCAACCUCUUCAUGCGCCUCGAGCUCCGUGAUGACGACACCGACCUCCAGUCCUCACGCCCACAGCUCGAGGCCAUCUUCCCCUGGGAGCGGGAGCACGCGAUGCAGCGAGUGGCGUCGUCACAGGUGGCCAUGGGCAUGCGCCCAUCGCUCUUCCACGACGAGUUCAAGAUCCAGCUGCCCGCCGUGCUGCGCCCCUCCCACCACCUCCUCUUCUCCUUCUUCCACAUCGACCUCGCCGUCAAGUCCGACCGCCCCAAACCGGUCGUGGUUGGCUACUCUGUCAUGCCUCUGUCAGCUGUCACACAGUCGUUCAAGGGCGAGAUGAAUCUGCCCAUGUCCAAGGAGCUGCUGCCCAAGUACCUGCACGAGAGCACCAAGGCCAAGCUGACCUACUGGGAGGAGGGAAAGCCCGUGUUCCGCCUGCGCACACGCCUCUUCUCCUCGCUCCUCCCCCUCUCCGACCGCCUGCGCGACUUCUUCCGGCAGUACGACCGCCACGUGCUGGAGGCUCCUCUGCCCCGGGAGGAUUUGCUGGAGUCGAUCAAUGGGCUGAAGGGCGUGGAUACGGUGGUGCUGCUGCAGUUCCUGUACCCGUUAUUGAAUAUGCUGCUGUGCAUGAUUGGGAACGGGGUCGAGACGCUGCAGGUGGCGGCUUUCCGAGCCACCGUCAAUAUUGUGUCGAGAGUGCAGGCGGAGCUGUCCCCCAAUGUGCCUCGCAACCGCUUCCUGGUGCACUUUGUGGACUUUGUCUUUGACGACCUGGGCCGCCAGCAGCCACCCGUCUACCCCGGACUCAGCAACGUCUGGCGCUCCCUCGCCCGCAGCAAGUCCCGGGGCUUCCGAGUGGGUCCGGUGUACAGCGAGGCGCUGACCAUGGCGUGGUUUGUGCUGGAGCUGGUUGUCAAGUCCAUGGACCUCGAGCUGGCUCAGGUGCCGCAAGGUGAUGAGAUAGCGCGGCUGAGGCUGGAGGACGAGGUGUUUCUGUGCAUCCGGCAGCUCUUUGAGUGCCUGCUGGUCGAGAUGCAGGACAAAGCUGAUGCUGACUACCCCCUCGCGCGCCGUCUCACCAACUCCCUCGCCUUCUUCUGCUACGACCUCAUCACAGUUGUUGACCCGCCUCAAGUGUUCGAGCUGGUGGGGCUGUUUCUGUCGCAGCUAGCGGGCAUGUGUCCAGCGAACCAGCACUCCCUGAAGCUGCACUUCCUCCGCAUCCUCUGCGAUCAUGACCUCUUUGUUGAGACUCCCGGCCGCGGCCCCACUGAAAAAAACUAUCUGUCGACAGUGCUGGUGAAGGACCUAUUCACAGGCCUGAACCACGACGACCCCAACCAACGAGCCACGGCGUCGCGCAUGCUGACCUUCCUGCUGGCCAAGCACGAGUACGACGCGCGCUACCAGCAGGCGGACCUCAAGCUCUACAUCUCACAGCUCUACUUCCCCAUCGUCACCCAGUUACUGGACGACCCACGCGUGUUCACGCGCCUGGGGGUGCUGCAGAAGCGGCAGGUGGUGGUGGCGGUGCUGGCGGUGCUGCGGCAUGUGGACAGCGAGACGCUGCUCAAGGCGUGGAAGCACAGCUCUGCACGCACACAGGUCUUCUUCUCGCUGCUGCAGGAGUCACUCUUCCUCUUUCAGUACACGGGGCGCACGGGGGUGAGCACGGGCGAGCUGGGGGCAGUGGUGCGCAACCAUCACAGCCUGGACGGCAAGGGGCGCAAGGGCGGCAGUGAGGGGGAGCUGCCCGCCUUCCCACUCUACUCAGACCGCGUCUCUCUGUCCGCCAAUGACUCACUUGACAACAUGGCGCUCGCAGAUCCCAAGGGGAGUGGAGAGCGGGAGCAGCUGGUGCGCAAGUACAGUGGCGUAUCCUCCACCGCCGCACCACCGCAGCCUACUGCUCGCCCGCCCGUGCCGCUACGGGAGGAGCUGAGGCGCGCCCGGGUGGCGCCUCUGGAAGCCAUGACCAUUCUCAGACAAGGCUUGCCGCCCGUUGCGUCCGAGAAGCUGGCCAUGUGGGAGGCAACGAUGGCGGGGUGGGUGUCACUGCAGGUGCUGGAGGUGUUGGAGCAGUUCAGCGACCUGGCAGCGGAGGGCGCUGUGGUCACGGAGUAUGACACCAUGGACUGCCUCACUGGCCCCAUCUCCGCCCUCCUCAGCAUGCCCCAGCCGGUGUCCUUCUGGGAGGUGUUUGUGCCGGCCUUUGCAGAGAUGCUGCGGCUGCACGGCCGUGCAAUGCUGGCGAGCAGCAAGGCGAACGAUGCGCGGCUCAAGGACAUGUUUGGCAAUCUGCUCAAGCGCCUCAUUGUGAAGCCUGAGUUUGUACGCAAGCGCGCGCUGCUCUGCCUGCUGCUGCUGCUGCGGACGGCCCUGCUGCACAUGGGUAAUGUCCACCACCUGCGGGUCAUCCUCACCGUCGCCCUUUCAGAGGUCAUGAUGCAGCUGCGCCUGCUGCAGCGCGGCGCCAGGCCCGGGGAGAUCACCGAGUCUCUCGAGGUGGAGCGGUUGCGCUUCUCAUUGGAGGAGCUAGGCUCGGAAGAGACAUGGUUCGGGCUGCUGGCAGAGAGCGGGCUUCCAGACAUGUGUUUGGAGAUCAUGGUGGGGGAUGAGGAGGCGGAUGAGGAGGAUGAGGAGGAAGAAGAGGAGGAGGACGAGGAGGAGGAGGAUGAGGAUGAUUAUGAUGAGGAAGAGGAUGAGGAGGAGGAAUUUGACGACUUGGAUGAGUUUGACAGGGAGAAUGGGAGGAGGAGGAGGCGGAGGAGGGGGAGGCGAGGGAGGAGGAGGGAGAGGAGGAUUCGGGACCGAUGGUCGAGGAAGAACGUGGAUGAGCUGCAGGACAUGCUGCUCACUGUCGUGGACGCUGCCUCACAGCAUGAACAGCUGAUGGAGGGGUUGAAGACGUCCAAUGAUCGGUACGCCAUUGUCGAAAGCUACUACAUCCUGGCACAGGCGUACGGGCACGUACCGGACCUCUACAUCAUGUGGAUGCUGCACCUCUGUGAGGCGCACCAGGAGAUGAGCCAGUGGGCCGAGGCUGCUCAGUGCGCUGUCUCCGUGGCAGGGGUGGUCAUUCGG